GACUGAUGGUGCAAGUCACCAAAUUGCGUGGAAUCAGAGAGAGUUUGAAGCCACCACAUUCACAUUGGUGUCGUUGUUCAAUCAAUGAGCAAGGAUCAUCGAGAAAUGCACUUGUUGUGUAUAAACAGACUCGGCAUGAAGGAGCACAACACGACCCCAACGUGGUCCCUCUGUUGCUCAAGGCUUGUGCUUCUCUUUCCUCCGUCAAGGUUUUGCACGCAGAGUCCAUCAAGGCCGGUUCAGACAGCGAUGUCUUCAUCGGAACUGCGUUGGUCACAACGUAUGCUAAAUGCGGCGUCGUUUGGGAUGCCCGCAAGCUGUUCGACGCAAUGCCUGAGAGAAAUGUCGUGACUUGGAAUGCCAUGAUUAGUGGGUACAUGAGAAAUGGGGACAUGGAAUCUGCUUCGCUUGUGUUUGAGGAGAUGCCGGGGAAAACUGGGGUGACUUGGAGUCAGAUGAUUGGUGGGUUUGCUAGGAAUGGGGACACUGCCACUGCUAGGAGGUUGUUUGAUGAGGCUCCACAUGAGUUGAAGGGUGUUGUGACAUGGACUGUGAUGGUUGAUGGAUAUGCUAGAAAAGGGGAGAUGGAAGCCGCCAGGGAGGUCUUCGAGCUCAUGCCUGAAAGGAAUUGCUUUGUUUGGUCAUCUAUGGUUUCUGGGUACUGCAAGAAGGGGAGUGUCGCAGAGGCUGAGACUAUUUUUGGACGGAUACCGGUCCGGAGUUUGGAGAUUUGGAAUACCAUGAUUGCUGGAUAUGUGCAGAAUGGAUUUGGGGAGAGAGCAUUGCAGGCUUUUGAGGAAAUGAGAGCAGAAGGGUUUGAGCCUGAUGAGUUCACUGUUGUUAGUGUUUUAUCUGCUUGUGCUCAGUUGGGGCUCCUUGAUGCUGGUAAGCAAAUCCAUCACAUGAUAGAGCAUAAAAGGUUAACGGUGAACCCGUUUGUUUUGAGUGGAUUGGUUGACAUGUAUGCUAAAUGUGGGGACUUGGUCAAUGCAAGGUUGGUGUUUGAGGGGUUCACUCAGAGGAACAUCUGCUGCUGGAAUGCUAUGAUUUCAGGUUUUGCCAUCAAUGGAAAAUGCAGGGAGGUUCUCGAGUUUUUUGGCAGGAUGGAGAAUUUAAAUAUAAGGCCUGAUGCUAUCACCUUUCUCACUGUGCUCUCGGCUUGUGCUCAUGGGGGUUUGCUCAGUGAAGCUUUGGAAGUAAUAUCCAAAAUGGAGGCAUAUGCAAUUGAAAUGGGCAUCAAGCAUUACGGAUGCAUGGUUGACCUCUUGGGCAGAGCAGGGAGAUUGAAGGAGGCUUAUGACUUGAUCAAAAGAAUGCCAAUGGAACCUAAUGAAACUGUUUUAGGGGCAAUGCUUGGUGCAUGCCGGACUCAUUCAGAUAUGAAAAUGGCAGAACAAGUAAUUAAGUUAAUCGGUACAAACUCUAUUACACGUGCUGAUUCUCACAAUGUGCUUUUGUCAAAUAUCUAUGCAGCUUCUGAAAAAUGGGAGAAAGCUGAGAAGAUGAGAGGGAUCAUGGUAGAUGGGGAGUCUGAAAAGAUAGCCGGGUGUAGUUCUAUCAUAUUUAGUGAUUUUUUUGCGGAUUCAAGUAUGACUAAAGAAGUGUCACAUUGAGAUGAAUAGACUAAGUGCAAUUUAGCAAGGAGAAAUACAAAAAUAAACACUGCUCGAUACACUAAAGAACCAAUACAGGAAAGAAGAUGUAAUCGCUGAAGGGAUUUUGUCUUUACCAUAAUUGUAAUUACCGAGUCCCAUGCCAAGAUCCUGCUUCCUCCACCACAGGCUAAUAUUACAAGGGUUCUUAAUUACUGAAGCUAUUUGAUUUGUGAUUCUGAUCAACGUGUUGUCUGAGUUUAGAGCAAGUAUCCCAUUUCAGGCUCUAUAUGGGCGUGAAUCCCCUCUCAUUUGUAAGGGAAAUUACCUUCCCUUCUAUGAUCAAAGAGAUCCACCGGUUGACUAAGGGUGACACUAAAACCUAAUUUGGAGGGGUUACAACCCAGGAAGAAAUGUCAGGCUGAUAAAAAGAGAAGAGAUGUGGAGUUUCAGGUGGGAGAUUGGGUUUUUGUAAAGCCUUAUAGGUUAUGGUCCUUGGCCAAGAAAACAAAAGAUAGCCCCAUAUUUUUAUAUGGUCCUUCCAAAAUCACAGACCGGAGAUGAUCACUGGCGUAUUGCCUGCAGUUACCAAAUCAUAGUAGUAGUGGAGUUGAUCAAAUGGGCUGGCUUCCCAUAUUGUGAAAACUCCUGGGAAUUACUCAGCUAUGCAAUCCAGUUUUCCUCUUUUUCAUUUUGAGGACAAGUUGCAUGACUUUUGAUAUUGAUAACAUACCUCUAAUUAAAAAUAUCUAUGUUAAGAGGAAGGCCAUUGGUCCUAGGGCUGAUGAGCCCCAAGUACAGUAAGUUGUGGGAUUCAGAGUUAAAGAAAUUUGUUAAGUAGGUGGGGAGUUAAUUAAGGGGCUGGUUACAAGCUGUAUUGGCUUCAUAUUGCCAAGGAGUAGAGAUUUAAGAGAUUAUAGAAGUUAGUUGUGACUUGUGUAAAAGGAGAAACAGGAACCUCUUUAAAGAUGCAUGCUUUCGUCUUAUUUCUGAACCAGUUGUAUCACUGCCCCAUCUUCCCACUGAAGUUUUAUAAAUGUUGAAAGUCAUAUCUGUUUCAAAUCUUCAUAACCAGAAAUUAGUGGAAAA